AGUUGUUUUUAUAAGGAUUAUGACAUAUAUGUGUACAUCGAUGAUAUAUAGAUGUCUUCUGCGCAGGAAUUUAAAUUUUAAUUUUUUGUUGGGACCUUUCGUUCUGAGCGAUUGAUGAGGAACCACAUGUCUGUUUAAUAGUUCUUUCAAGAGAUGUAAGAAGACAGACACCAGCAUUAUGGGGACCAAUGACACUGUGAUAGCCUUGACCUCAGAGUCAGGGCAUAAUGUUGCCAUGACAACACAUUCCUCAGAUAUAACUUCAUCAUAUGUGACAUCAUCAUCACUCCAUACAUUUCACCUUAACUCAACAGACUUGCACGCAAAUGCAUCAGAAACAGAGGUUCAUCCAGGUAUUGUGAGUGGUAUAGAUGGACUAGGAACUUCUGUUACUAUAGCUGUAGCAUUAAGUUCUGUGGCUUUUGUGGUUGUAAUAGUAAUCAUCAUGGUGUGUUUUGUGAGAAAGAAGUACCGGGAGAAGAAAUCUCGUGCAUGGGUUGAUAAUCUCACCUUAAGUUACAUAGCAGACAGUAACAUUGAUCUCACAAAGGACAAUUAUGAUGAGAUGAUAUCGUUAGACAACGACAAUUUCUUGAACAGCCUCGUUGACUCACAAUCCUUCUCAGUAUACUCUUCAUCUAACAACAACAACACGAGACAGUACACAUAUUCCUAUUUCUGAUGACACGCCAUUUGUACAUAUAUUCAGAAAACAAUCAUUAUCUGUGUAUUUCUCAUCCACACACGGCAGAACUAAUAUGUCAUUUUCGAGAAAACCCCUGAUGAAUCAACAACAACACAAGAUGGUAUACACAAAUUCCUGUUUAAAGUUACUUUAUUCUCUGGUAUAUACAUGCGUUUGAAGACCUGUUAUUGUGUGCCAAUUAGCAUGGAACAGUGGUUGUUAGUAUAUAAAUCUUUUAUGUACACAAGUAAUGAAAAGUUAGUCAUAUAUAGAUCUACCUUUAACUUUACACAUCACAAUGUAAUGUUUUAGCAUACUGCAGUGUUUACCUGUAAAAUGGUUCAAGAAACCAUGAAUAUGAGACUUUGCAUUUGCACGAAAGUUUUCUUUAAACAUGUAAAAAGAAUCCCUGUAUAGCCGUGUACCAGAGCAUUGGCAUAAUUUAUAUGUAUACAUUUAUUUUUACACAUUCUAAGGUUAUGUUUUAGCAUUGUUAUGUGUAAACUGGUUCAAAAAUCUGUAAGUAAAAGUUUAAUUCUUUAAUUGGCAUAUUGUACGUAUGUAAUUGUACAUUUAUACGUUAUAAGACAUGUCAUAGCAUCCUAGAUGUUUAUAUGAGCCGUGUCAUGACAAAACCAACAUUGUGCGUUUGCGACCAG